ACGUCAUUCCAUGGAAACCAUCGCUAGGUAGUAGUCAUCACACCAUGUUCAUAGCGGCAGUGGUAUCUUCUCUAGUUAUACGUAAAAGCGAAGCGAAACAGGAAAUGGCGGCUUGUGUCGACAAACUCGAACUCAGUACACAUGCGUAUGACGUCCUCACGGACCUCAGGUUAUGCGGACAGCUUUGUGAUGCCAUUCUGAAAGUUGACAACCGGGCCUUUUCUGUCCACCGUGCAGUUAUGUAUAUUUGUAGCCCUUACUUCCGCACGCUUUUCACAAACAAACUGACGACUGUUGAUCAGAAAGAAUUUGUGAUUCCUUCAGUAAGCGGAGAAAUGAUGCAGGCUAUAAUCGAUUUUGCAUACACGAAAAAAACUCAAAUCACCUCUAAAAACGUGAAACAGUUACUUCCGGUGGCAGAUCGACUACACGUGUACGAGCUCGCGAAGCAGUGCUGUGACUUCCUGUCUGAGAACCUUAAUACAGACGGAUGUAUGGAAACUUAUAGAUUUGCUAAGAAGCACUACUUUACAGAUCUCAAAGAGGCUUGUUACUUCUUUAUAAUGAGAAAUGUUCGCAAAAUUUCCCUAUCAAGUGAAGCUUUUGCGGAUCUCAGCAUCGACGAAAUUUGCGAAAUUCUUUCGUCAAACGACCUAAAUGUUAAAAGUGAGGAGGUAGUGUUUUCUGCAUUGAUACGCUGGAUUGACCACGCCCCCGAAAUCCGGAAGUGCCAUAUAUACCGACUGUUGAAAACAGUCCGUCUCGGGUUUCUCAACACCAGAUAUUUCGCGGAAAAUGUUCGGUCACAUCCAUACGUCGCUGAUAACCCGUUUUGUCAACCUCUCGUACACGAAGCCCUUAAGUUCCUCUGCUCUCUCGAUUUAGACGAUUUCAAGGUGAUUGACCUCGAGAGUCAUCUAGCUAAACCAAGGACCCCCCAUGAGGUUGUAUUCAUGGUCGGGGGUUGUCGAAAUGGAAGCAUGACCAAUGAUGUAAAAUCGUACGAUAGCCGUGCUGAAAAGUGGAUCGAUAGUCGUUAUCUCGACAAAGAUCUACAUGCCUACCACGCAUUAGUUGCCAUGGGAACGAAAAUCUACGUCAUAGGUGGCUAUGACGGAUUCCACUACAUCAACGGUGUCCGCAGUUUUGACCUUGUCACCAAAGAAUGGGACGUCGUGGCUCCAAUGCACAAAAACCGAUGUUACGUAAGCGCGGUACAUCUUGGAGAUCAUAUCUAUGCCAUGGGAGGAUUUGACGGCCGUGACAGGCUAGGAUCCGCUGAGUUUUACCUCCCCUCCCGGAACCAGUGGACGAUGAUCGCUCCAAUGCAUCAUCGACGCAGUGAUGCUAAGGCUACCACAUUGAAUGAGAAAAUUUACAUUUUUGGAGGAUUUAAUGGCGACACGUGCUUAAAUUCCGGGGAAUAUUACACACCUUCAACUGACCAAUGGACAUUAAUUGAGCAUAUGCGCAUGCGUAGGACUGGCUUUGGCGUUGCUAUGAUGGACGGAUACAUAUAUUGUAUGGGUGGAUUAGGGGGGAUAAGUCGUCUGUGCUGUGGUGAACGCUACAAUCCUGCGACUAACACCUGGCAUGCUAUUCCGGAUAUGUUUUAUAUGCGCAGCCACUUUGGGUUUGAGGUAAUAGAUGACAUGCUGUUUGCAUUUGGAGGUUUUGAUGGAAUAAGUUCCAUUGCUGGUGUCGAGUAUUUCGAUGUAAAGACACAGGAAUGGUAUGACACCAGUGACCUACCGCGCAGUCUUGAGGCAUUCGGAACAUGUGUUGUGAAAGAUAUUCCGAACGUCAGGGAUUACACUUAUCAACCAAAGCCGGUUGAGAAAUCCGAGAAACAGAAUGACAUGUGUCUCACAUAAAAUUAACAUGUCGUGUACAUUUUAGUUUCCCUGGUUGGUUUCCAUUUGAACAGCACCCCUCUCUCUCCAAACCCAUACACACCCCUUUUUCACCACAGCUCUCCUACUCAAAUACCUACAAGUAUGUUAACUGCCUUUGAUUGAACCCUUUCUAUUCCGUCUUUGCGUAUUGCAGAGUUAUCUUCUCUUGUGAGCAGGGAUUGAUUGUUACGUCAUUGG